AGCGGAAGUGACGUAUUCUUGCACACGUGGUACAGCGUGGUUCACGCGGGUCACUUCAGCCGGGCCUGGGAACUUUUGGGCUCGUUUUUCCGACGUUAGCCGGACCUAGCGCUCCGGUGCCCGUCUCGUCGCCAAGAUGGUGAAGCCCAAGUACAAGGGACGGAGCACCAUCAACCCCUCCAACGCCAGCACAAACCCGGAUCGAGUGCAGGGAGCAGGAGGCCAAAACAUGAGGGACCGGGCCACAAUCCGGCGCCUGAAUAUGUAUAGGCAAAAGGAACGCAGGAACAGUCGUGGUAAAGUAAUCAAGCCCCUGCAAUAUCAAUCAACAGUGGCUUCUGGCACAGUGGCAAGAGUAGAGCCAAAUAUUAAAUGGUUUGGAAACACACGUGUGGUUAAGCAGUCGUCAUUACAAAAAUUUCAAGAGGAAAUGGAUGCAGUCAUGAAGGAUCCAUACAAAGUGGUCAUGAAACAAAGCAAGUUACCAAUGUCUCUCCUCCACGAUCGAAUCCGGCCUCAUGUAAGAUGUAGGAUAUCAUUGUUGCUCAUUUUGGGCGCUUUCUUACUUAGAAAUGAAGCCCAAGAAGAGAUAUAUAAAAAAGGACAAUCCAAAAGAAUAUGGGGUGAGCUCUAUAAGGUGAUAGAUUCAUCAGAUGUUGUGGUUCAAGUUCUUGAUGCUAGAGAUCCGAUGGGUACUCGUUCCCCUCACAUUGAGACUUACUUGAAAAAGGAAAAACCCUGGAAACACCUCAUUUUUGUUCUUAACAAGUGUGACCUUGUUCCAACCUGGGCAACAAAACGAUGGGUUGCGGUUCUCUCCCAGGAAUAUCCAACACUUGCUUUUCAUGCAAGUCUCACAAACCCCUUUGGAAAAGGAGCAUUCAUUCAGCUUCUGCGGCAGUUUGGAAAGUUACACACUGACAAGAAACAGAUCAGCGUUGGGUUCAUUGGCUAUCCAAAUGUUGGCAAGAGCUCUGUGAUAAACACAUUACGAUCCAAGAAAGUUUGCAAUGUGGCCCCCAUUGCAGGUGAAACAAAGGUCUGGCAAUAUAUUACCUUGAUGCGUCGGAUAUUCUUGAUUGACUGUCCGGGUGUAGUUUACCCCUCUGAGGACUCGGAGACAGACAUUGUGCUAAAAGGAGUUGUUCAAGUGGAAAAAAUUAAGACUCCUGAAGACCACAUUGGUGCUGUACUUGAACGAGCAAAGCCAGAAUAUGUCAGCAAGACAUACAAGAUUGAUUCUUGGGAGAAUGCCGAGGACUUUCUUGAGAAGCUAGCUCUCCGGACCGGGAAGUUAUUGAAGGGUGGGGAACCCGACUUGCAGACUGUCGGUAAAAUGGUUCUCAAUGACUGGCAGAGGGGCCGCAUUCCCUUCUUUGUCAAGCCACCCAACGCAGAGCCACCCGCAGCUCCCCAGCAUCCACCCUCUGCAUCUUCAGAAGUUGCCCCAGAAACAACCCAGAAAAAUCCAGAAGAGGAAGUUGUAGACACUGUCAGUAAAGGGUCUGAAUCUGUCAUUGAGAAAGAAAAACAAGAAGACAGUCAAUGUGACGCCAACUCCGAGAUGCAGCAGAUUCUUGCACGGGUUCGGCAGAACUUUGGCAAAAUCAAUGUGGUGCCUCAGUUCUCUGGGGAUGACCUGGUUCCUGUGGAGAUGUCAGAUCUUGAGGAAGAGCUUGAAAGCUUUUCUGCUGAAGAGGAGGAGGAGGAGGAGGAGGAACAAGGGCAACAAGGAGACAGUGAGGAAGAACCUUACCAGGAGUCCCAAGAGGAACAUGUGGAAAAUAACACCAAAGCAGUUAUUAAAGUGCUGGAUGAAAAGAUUGCUAAAUAUCAGAAGUUUUUAGACAAAGCCAAAGCUAAAAGGUUUUCAGCAAUCAGAAUUUCCAAGGGGCUGAGUGAAAAGGUAUUUGCAAAAUGUGAAGAACAAAGAAAAACAUCUGAGGAAGCUGUAGAUGAUACAGUACCUGCCAAAAAGGGAAGAAAGCGGAAGGCACCGAGGGAGGAGGAGCAUUCACAUAAAACCCCCAGGACACUGACAUCAAAGGAGCGGAGGCGAGCAGCACGGCAGCAGCAGUCCAAAAAAGUUGGUGUGCGUUACUAUGAAACACACAAUGUGAAGAAUAGGAAUAGGAACAAAAAGAAGACCAAUGACUCAGAGGGACAGAAACACAAACACAAAAAGUUCAGACAUAAGUAGUAACAUUUAAAAAGUUUAUUAAAUUAUACAAAAGAA